AUGUCCCUAGAUUUUAGUCAGCGAUUAGGGUUAACUCCAACACCUUUAGAGGUUAAACAUGUAGUAGAAUUAGCCGAUGGUAAAACGAUAGAAGCUUCGCAUGUUCUUUUUGUGUGCAAACUAUAUCUCAUGGGUCAAGUGUUUGAUAUUGACCUUCUUCCUGUUACCCUCGGUAGUUUUGAUAUAUUGCUUGGUAUGGAUUGGGUGUCUAAAUACCAAGCUGAGAUUCUGUGUAAGGAAAAGAUCCGGUGCGAUGGUUUGUAUCAUCUUAGCUAUGCAAGCGCAGAAGUGCCUACGAAAGGGCUACCCUGCAUUCUAGCUCGUGUCACCGAUUCACAACCUGAAGAAAGGAAGAUCGAGGACCUUCCAGUUGUUCGUGAAUUUCCUGAUGUAUUUCCCGAGGAACUUCCUGGUCUACCUCCUCACCGCCAAGUGGAAUUUCAGAUUGAUCUUGCACCAGGAGUAUCCCCGAUUGCUCGUGCUCCAUAUCAUCUUGGAUAG